CUGAGAACUACGUAUGGAAAUAGCUGCAUAGACACUGUUAUUAGGAGAGAAGUGAUAACCGUUGUUUUUAUUCCCACAGAAGGGAAGCCUUUCCACUUCCACUAAAUUCUGAGUUCUCUGGAGCUCCAGAAGAGCAUUAAGUUCUGUGAAGAGCUGGCUAAUUUGAUAGAAAAAGUUUAAUCAUUUAAUACCACACAAAAAAUAGAACCACCGCCUCUUGCAUCCUCUCCAAACAUGUCAUUUCCAAGCAGGUCUGUGAUGGCAGUCCCAAAGGAGCAGGGCAGCAGCAGCAGGACUGAAGGACAGCCUGUCGCUAAGCAACCAACGUACACAGGCUGCUCAGCACUCAUUUCAUUUGCAAAGGGACGUGUUCUUCGAGCACUUCAUUUUCACUGCUGGGCACGACGAGUUUCCCACUGGCUUUCCAGCACUGUGCAUGUAUAAAACAGCCAUUUUUCACAACCAAAUGUGCAAUUUAAAGAGCAGAUGCCAGAGAAGAACAUGCAGAAUUGUAAGGAUUGGAAAAUUGGCACAAGUAUUUCGGGAGUUUCUGAUGUCAGACUCCUGAAUUUGCUUCUUUGUUCCUGUGUUCAUCCUACCUGCAAAGGGGCUGUCUUGGUAUGGGCUGCUGGAUGAGUAGCAGCACUGUCUGCAGUUUACCCAUGUUUAUUGAUGUACCCUCUUGUAAAGAGUGCUCUAUCAUGGUUUUUACAGACACAGGGAAAUACAUUCUGAUCAAAAUAAAAGGCAGAAUUGGACCUCAGUUCCCAGUAUGAAAAUUCCAAAUCUUAAAUUCUGUAAUUCUUUCAGAAGAACAGCUACAUAGUUUUAGAAAAUGAGCAUUGAGUGCAGUAUAUCUAACACUGCUUUCAAUUAGUGCUGGUCCCUAUAGUGAGAUAAAGCCCUAGAGCUCUGCUAGACUUAUGUCUGGCUAUCUAAAAUCAGCUCUGGCCUAAACAGUCCCCUACAAUAGUUUCCUAAAAGGGAAGUUUAUCAUAAUGAAGAAUGCACUUCAGUUGGUAAAGGACACUAAAUGGAUGUUUUACUACAUGGGAUCUAAAAGACACUAGCACCAUAAGGAUACUGAGGCAGGUGGGACAAGUUAUUGUAACAUAUGUUCCUUCCUAAUCCAUGUAGGAGGCCCCUUUUGGCUGGGAAGAUGUCUGCACACAUUUCAGUUCUCCUCUCUAGCAGAUGUAGCAAGUACGCUCAUUGACUGAUAUGUUUUGUGGGUUUUUUUCCAACUCUUUACACUGGGUCUGCCUGGGCUUGAGCUAACUUUCCCUACAGCAGUCCAUACAGUGCUGUGCUUUGCACUUGCAGAGCAGUGUCGAUAUCUCACCCAUGUGGCUCCUACUGUGUUGGCACAGCAUCAAGGCUGCCUUUCCACAGCCAGUAUUGAGGCCCUGCUUCCUAAGAAGUGGCUGAGCAUCACGUACCAAUGGGUAAUAUAAAAAUAGGUUACUUCUUUAGCUUCAAUGCAGCCUUUCCGUUUUUAAAAUUUUCCCUUUCAUCAAAAUGCUCCUAUCUCAAACCUGCAAGUGCCUCUUGUCUUGCUUUUUCUGCACCUCCUUUUCACUUGUUUCUCUUUCUUCCUUUUCUCCCCAUCCUCCGUCCUGCUGAGGAGAGGGAGUGAGAGCACCUGUGUGGGACAUUGCUGCCUAUCCAUGUUAAGCCACAGCAUUUUGUCAUCUCAUUCAAAUACUCUAGGACAUAAAUUCUUUGUGGGUAGCCCAAGAGUGAGUAUAGUUCAGAGACAGACAGCUAACAGGUUCUAUGGACCCACAAAUGAUAGAAUAUGUCUUUCUGUUGGCCCGGACAUUCUGCAUGCGAAAGUUUCCAUUCAGUCAGGACCUCCUGCCUGGAAGCACAGUGAAUUUAAGCUCCUCUCCCUCUGCCUAGGGCAGUCUGAUAAAUCUAUCAGACUCUCUGGCUCCCGUUGGCAAUUCCUGCACCUCUGCAUCACACUCCAGAAGUUCCCAACCAAAUGGAGAUACAUAGCAAGGGCUGUGUUAAAAGGCUUCACGUUGCAUUAGGGUACGAAUACCACAGAGACUGAGACACAUAAGUCAUUCUUCUGUUCUAAGACAGACUGUCUAAAAUAUUAGUCAAAAUAUUCAAUCUUUCAAACCCAUGCAUUCAAAGUAGGAUGCAAGAGUGACAGAAGAUGCUCUUGUUUGCAGCCAGUGCUGGUCCUUCUGCUGCUGAUCUAAUGGAUCAUGAUGGAUGUAGGCAUGUCUUAAUGUCCCUGAGAUCCAGUUGAAACAGAUACAGUUUUUGCCUUUGACUGAUGUGGUUUCCAAGUGAAGUUUGCUGUUAAAUGAAAUGCUGUGGGAGCAGGCACUGUUUGCAAACUAAGCUGUGUCUUGGGAGCAGCAACUAGCAGCUACAGCUUUUCUUAGAGAUGAAAAAAUAAAGUACUUCUUGAAGAAAUGCUGACCUCUUCAGCCACUCUGACUUAAGAGAAGAAACUAUGUGUUGGACAUUCUAAACACAUCUUCCUUCUCCUCUCCUUCACUAGUUCUUCUGCUUUCUAUGCUUAAGUGGGGAAUAGUCUUCCAAAGAUAUCUUUAUUCAGUAAUAUCAUAUUACUAUAACAUGCCUAAUAAUAUAAUCAACACUUCUUCCUUAUCCCUGCAGUUGUAUGUACAUGCAUCUAGCUUGCCAACAGACUAAUGUUAUAGUACUAUAUUGUAUAGCAUAGCUGUCACACCUGGGAGCAAGAGAGCAUAUUCACUGCUUGACCUGUCAGCCAGGUCACGAACAGACUGCUUUUGAUUUUGGUGCAAAAAUAAUUGCUGUUUUUAAUCCCAUUUCAUUUACCUAUGAAAAUGAAUCAGUACCACUUAAUGUAGGAUACACUCUCCAAAAGCAUCUGCUUCCUGUUUCUUAUAAUGUUCAGUCUGCAGCAAGUUGCAGAGAAGUGUGCAAUCAAUCAAGUGAGCAACCAACUGUGUUACAGUUGAGUUGAAGAAUGCCCAGGUUAACUGAGCGAACCAAAAGCAGACUUUCUGAAUGAGGGAAAGCACAGCAAAGCACAGAAAUGCACUACAGACCUUUCUUUUCUUUUUCUUUUCUUUUCAAGACCAAACAAAAUAACAAAGUCAGAAAAUGGUUGAAACAAAAUGGAAAACUUGUUUUUCUAGUUGCUUGAUAUCAGCUUGAAAGAUUCGCAGCAAAACGUAGUUUUGAAAAAUCAGCAGUUUUCAUUUGAAACAAAUUAAUCUAGAAAUGGUUAACCAACUUCAGCAAGAAGACAUCAUGUGAGCAGCCUACAAUGAAGUACAGCUAUACCAGAAAUAAAUUACAGAGAAAAACUGCAGCAUGAAAGAAAGUCAAUGGUAUCUUGAGGAAAGAAGUCUAAUAUUAAAUUGCGUAAGGGUGAAACAGAAGAUGCAAUUACACAGAAAAAAUUGAAGUAGAUCCAGUUAAGCUUCACUUAGAAUGCAGAAACCACUUGCCAUAUUAGCUAGUGCGCUCCAAUAGCCUUAAUUACUAAAGUAAGCUGAGCCAUUCUCCUGCCUGAUAUUGAGCCCUUGAAAGGCUCUGAGCAGCAGCAUGUAUAAAUAUCCAGCUUAAACCAAUAAUCAGAGGGAAGGAAAAAAAUGAAGAGCAUAGAUUUGGCUAUAAUUUGGUAUUUCUGUUAAUUUUUUAAAGUAACUUUUAAGAAAAUACAAAGGAAGGAAAAGAGAAUAGACGAGGAGGCUGCCUACCAAGUACAUAUCAUGUGCUUGCUACAAAUUAUGUAAGAACCUAAGAGAGAGAAAGGAGAAAAUUGAAAUCAGCCUGUUUAAUACAUUUACUCUAAUUCAAUGUCUUUGAAUGAUUUUCAGCUUGUAAAGCUGAGCUUGCAUUUAGACUCCAGGUAAAAUAAAUCCCUUUAUACUGCCAAUAUAAACACACACUCCUCCCUUUGCCCUCAGCCAGCUGCAGUUGAUGCAAUACCGUGGACUUUCUGCUAGAAGCCUUUGUUCUUUUGCACAGCCACUCCUCUGGGAUCUGGGCUCCCCUGGUUGGUUACUGUACUGCGUUCUCGUGACCCCCGGCAGGUGGAUCUGAGCAGCAGCUGAAGUUAAUAAGCUGCCGAACCAGGGGCAAGGAGGAUAGUGGCAAUUACACAGCAAACUGUGAAACAGUGUUUCUCCUUUGAUACUUCCAAAAUGAAAAUUGAUAUUCAUAGCCACAUUCUACCUAAGGAAUGGCCUGACCUGAAAAAGAGAUAUGGAUAUGGUGGAUGGGUACAGCUGGAUCAUCACUGCAAGGGACAGGCAAAGAUGAUGAAGGAUGGAAAGAUCUUUAGAGUUAUUCAAGAGAACUGCUGGGAUCCAGAAGUGCGGAUUAAAGAGAUGGACCUAUCAGGAGUUACAGUCCAAGUCCUUUCCACUGUCCCUGUGAUGUUCAGUUACUGGGCGAAACCUCAGGAUACUUUAGAUCUAUCCCAGAUGUUGAAUAAUGACUUAGCUGAUACAGUAAGAAAGUACCCCAAGAGGUUCAUAGGCUUGGGUACGUUACCUCUGCAAGCUCCAGACCUGGCUGUGAGGGAAAUGCAUCGGUGUGUGAAGGAACUUGGAUUUCCAGGAGUACAAAUAGGAUCUCAUGUCAAUGAGUGGGACCUGAAUGCACCAGAACUCUACGAUAUUUAUGCUGCUGCUGAACAACUAAAUUGCUGCCUUUUUGUACACCCCUGGGACAUGCAGCAGGACGGAAGGAUGUCCAAAUACUGGUUUCCUUGGCUGAUAGGUAUGCCAGCAGAAACAACCAUGGCCAUUUGCUCCAUGAUUAUGGGAGGAAUUUUUGAAAGAUUUCCGAAUCUGAAAGUUUGCUUUGCACAUGGAGGAGGUACUUUUCCAUACACAGUGGGGCGAAUCUCCCAUGGAUUCAACAUGCGCCCCGAUCUGUGUGCCAUGGAUAAUAAGGUGGAUCCAAGAAAAUACCUCGGUUCAUUUUACACAGACUCUCUAGUCCACGAUCGUGGUGCACUAAGGCUCCUAACAAGUGCAAUAGGAGAGGACAGAGUUAUUUUAGGGACAGAUUACCCUUUUCCACUGGGGGAACUCGAACCUGGAAAACUGAUUGAUUCAAUGGACGAUUUUGACAAUAAACUGAAGGAUAAGCUCAAGGCCGGCAACGCUCUGGAAUUUUUGGGUCUUAGCAGAAAGCAAUUUGAAUAAAGCCGAAGAUCCCGCAGAGGCCAAGCUUCAGAAAUGGCACUGAGUUCUCAGGGAUGCUCGACUCUCCCGCGCGGCGGUGCUGUGGGAAUAAAGCCGACCAGCCGUUACGCGCCGUUAUUUCCCGCGCACGGCCGCGCUGUUUCCGUGCGUCUGAGGACGGAGCUCUUCACUGCUCUGAGCUCCCUAUCUGCGUUAGGAGAUUAAGCCUUAAUUCAGUGCCAGAGGAUGGGAAUGGCAACUCUCUCAUUCCUGUAGCGCACUGACUUUCAUAGACACUUAAAUGGUCCUAAGAGGAAAAUAAGAUUUCUCCACACACUUAAACCAGCGCAAUUCAC